AAUUAAACGAGUCAAACAAAAAACACAACAAUGAAACUAUUACUGCUAACCGCACUCGUAUGCGGACAGGCAUUGUUCACCGUAGCCAAGCCUAAGGUGAUCUGCUAUUGGCCCAACUGGCGUAUGGACGAAGGGGGUGACAAUAAGCAUACCCCGGAAAACAUUGACCCAACCCUUUGUACGCACGUUCACCACGCGUUUCACGAGUUGGACGAUCAGCACAAUGUGGUGCGAGACAGUGCCGGCCCUCAGCCCGAUAUAUACCGGCGCCUGAAUGAGCUGAAAAAGAAGAACCCGGAGCUAAAGCUUAUUAUAUCGAUGGGCGGCGCCGGCGCUCCCGACGCCAAGUACUCCCAUCUGAUCAGUGACGCGGGCCGUAGGGCUCAGUUCAUUAAAAACACUAUCGCUUAUAUGCAUAAGUAUAAGUGGGACGGUCUGGACAUUGACUGGGAGUACCCGGUCUGUUGGGGUGGCGAUUGUAAUAAAGGACCCAAAUCCGAUAAAGCCAAUUUUGGUAAAUUCUUACAGGAAUUACGGGCGGCAUUUGAUAAGGAAACUCCCAAAUUUUCGUUGUCUUGUGCCGUACAGGCGGACGCCGAUGUGGCCGACCAGGCCUACGACUAUCACGCUAUGGCCAGUGCUUUGGACUACGUGGCUAUCAUGACGUACGACGAGGCCGGCGCCUACGAGCACCACACCGGCCACCACUCAAAAUACACGUGGUGUAUAAGCGCUACCGAGCGCUACCACUCCAAGGGUAUACCCAAAGAGAAGGUACUAAUGGGGGUCCCAUUCUAUGGACACACGUUUAAAUUACAGGACAAAAACAAGCACUCGAUCGGCGCCCCCAUCACUGGUGAGGGCCGUACACCCCAUGGCGAGGGCGACAAUGCUUUCUACAGUGAAAUGUGUGAUUUGGUUAAAAAUAAGGGUUGGGCUAAGGAGGACCCGGAUCAGGGACACGACCCCAUCUCAUACCACGACCUAACGUGGGUGGGCUAUGACGACCCCUACGCCGCCUAUGAGUGAGUAUAAUUUGAUU